AUGAUAGUAUGGAACAAGAUGCGACGAGCUCGGACUCGACAGUACUUUCGUAUAGAUUGGAGUAUGAGGAGAAGGUUGACGCGGUAUGCAAGGAAACUCCGUCUCCAGAAGAUUCUCGGAGAUAUGAAUGCACGUAUGACUGCACGGUCUCCAGAGUACAAGGCCAUACAGAAGUAUAGGAUUCAUCCAGAUUAUUCAUUCACCAGUGGACAAGAGUACGAUGAGAAUCAAGCGGUGAGAGGUGUGGAAAUAACAGGGCAACCCCGCUGGAUCAACCGGAAGCCGUGGAUCGCAGAUGGAACAAUCCAUGGAACAACUGACUUUUAUUUACUCCGGCCCCAUUCUUAG